CUUCAAUUCCUCUACCUAACUGUCUCUUCCUCCUCAGAAAGCAAUCCUCUCACUCAGCGAGCCUAUUGAUCUUACCCAUACAACCAUGACCUCCAACGGUACCAACGGCAGUGCUACUGCAUACCAUGCCUCGUCUACUCAAGAGGCCAUCCAGGCUGAGAACGACUUUGCUGCCCACAAUUACCAUCCUCUUCCCGUCGUUUUUGCGCGCGCUCAAGGGACAUCCGUUUGGGAUCCAGAAGGCCGGCACUACCUCGACUUCCUCUCCGCAUACUCCGCCGUCAACCAAGGUCACUGCCAUCCCAAGCUAGUUGCGGCCCUCGUCGACCAGGCCUCCCGUCUGACGCUGAGCUCGCGGGCCUUCUAUAACGAUGUAUUCCCUAAGUUUGCCGAGAUGGUCACAAAGUACUUUGGGUUCGACAUGGUCCUCCCCAUGAACACCGGUGCGGAGGCAGUCGAGACCGGUAUCAAGAUCGCCCGCAAGUGGGGUUAUAAGGUCAAGGGCAUCCCCGAGAAUGAGGCGAUCAUCCUCAGUGCGGAAAACAAUUUUCACGGCCGAACUAUGGCUGCCAUUUCUUUGUCCUCCGACCCCGAGUCUAGAGAGAACUAUGGCCCGUACGUUCCCAACAUCGGCUGCACCAUCCCAGGGACAGAAAAGCCGAUCACCUACAACGAUAAAGCUGCGCUGCGCGAAGCUUUCGAGAAGGCCGGCUCCAACCUCGCCGCCUUCCUCGUCGAGCCUAUCCAAGGCGAGGCGGGUAUCAUCGUCCCCGAUGACGAUUAUCUGCAGCUGGCCAGAUCGCUGUGUGACCAGCAUAAUGUGCUGCUGAUUUGCGAUGAAAUCCAGACCGGUAUUGCGCGGACAGGAAAGCUGCUCUGCCACGAGUGGAGCGGAAUCAAACCAGAUAUGGUUUUGCUGGGCAAAGCGAUCUCUGGUGGCAUGUACCCCGUGUCCUGCGUGCUAGGACGGAAGGAUGUUAUGCUCACGGUUGAGCCCGGAACCCACGGCUCAACCUACGGAGGCAACCCUCUUGCCUGCGCUGUUGCCAUCCGCGCUCUUGAGGUUGUUCAGGAGGAGAACAUGGUGGAACGCGCUGAGAAGCUUGGCCAGGCCUUCCGCAGCGGCUUGGAAGCCAUCCAGAACCCGAUCAUUCAGACGGUUCGUGGAAAGGGCCUGCUCAAUGCGAUUGUCAUCGACGAGUCCAAGACCAACGGACACACUGCAUGGGAUCUCUGCAUGCUGAUGAAGGAAAAGGGUCUUCUGGCCAAACCCACCCAUCAGAACAUCAUCCGUCUAGCACCGCCUCUCGUCAUUACCGAGGAAGAAAUCGCAAAGGCGCUGGAAAUCAUCAAGGCCGCCGUGGCUGAGCUGCCGAAUCUCAAGGGUGCUGCGGAAGAUAAGGUCGUCCCUCCGCCAGAGAAGAAGGUGAAGAUUACUCUCGAGAACUAGACACUGUGAUGAACGUGACUCGGUAGUAGACUGGAGGAAACACUCCGCACCAUCAACCGUUCAGCCAGCCACUUCGCCGGCAUUCGGGGAGAUGCCCCGACGGGUAAAGAUCAGGGAGAAGAGCUUGCAACUAUGAUCGCACCCUCCUUGAUACCCUACGCCGACAAGCCUGGGGGCGUUGAGGCACAUCUGUACCAUAUUGUUAGCCGACAGAAAGUAUUGGCAGUUUGACGCUUGGUAGAAUCAUGAGUUACGAUAAAUAGCGUUUAAUGUUAUUCUCCUGGGAUUUGAUAA